AUGGGGCCGCGCAGAUCGCGCGACGCACGGAAAAAGGACCGAGACAGGGAUGAAUUCGGCAAGGCGUCCGCAAGAUACGAGGAUAGUCAUGGCGGCGCGAAGCAGGCUUACGGCAUUGCAGAGGCGGAGAGACGUGCGUGUGCGCUCUUCAGUCUCGAUCGCCUUUUGCGAGCUGAAGACGUCUCUGAAGCCUUUUCUCUCGUGGCUCCACGAGCGCAUCCGUACCGCGUGCCGGUCCCCUCUCAGUUGUCUUCCGGUCCCUCUCUCUCGCCUUCAUCUGGCUCAGAUGUCCCGCUUCCUUCGUCUGCAUCCUCUCGCUCCGUGGCUCGCGCUGGGUCACAUGGAGCAUUGUCUCCCCAUCCCGCUGCGUCCUCGCCUUCUGCCGAGCUGUCGCUGCAGCAGCGGUUUGCUGUAGCCCAGGAAGCGCUGACCGCGCUGCCGGGCGGGGCGGCUUUGUAUCUUUUUCUCCAUCUUCUUUCGCGGCAUAGUCCCUCGACGCUCGCCAAGACUGUCGCGUCGUGUGUGCGGAAGACCGAGCCAACGCUCGCGCCUCUCGUUCUCUUCCCUCUCCUGGGCUCGCCGCCAGCAACUUACUUCGAGGACGCGAUGAAGCGCCAGCUGCUUCACACCGCUUCCAUCUAUCUGCUGGUGCUGCAAAACACUGAAGGAUGUUUAGUCGUUCGGCAGAAACGCGCGUUGCCUCUUCUUCGAGCGGCGCUGCGGCUCGGCGUCGCAGGCCUCGCGCGGAAGCUCGAGCGAAGACGAAGCAGGUCGCACGCAGCGAGGAGUCGCGCAGAAGAGAAACCUGCGCGAGAAGGCGAGCAGCUCCACUCUCAAGUGGAAGAGGAGGAGGGCUCCCGAAGAGCCCAGAAAGCGAAGCACGGCCAGCGUGCGGAGGAACGCGCGGAGAGACAAGCCGACGCAAAAGCAGACGAAGAGAGGGCCAUCUUUCAGCUUUACCGAGAUGUUGUGGCAAUCGUUGAGGACUGUCUUUUGAGUUCGCUGGUUCAUCUGCAGUGGCUCCGCGUUUUUCAGUUGACAAGUGUCCUCGCGCUCGAUCUGCCUGCUUGGCUCUUUCGCCUCCGCCCUCAUAUCUGUCGCGUCUUUUCGCUUGACGGGCCGUGCGGAUUGCUUCCGUCUCCGGAGUCCGCCCCGGUGGUGUCGCCCUGUUGUUCGCACUCGCAGUGCCUAUUUCUGCAGGACGACCCAGCAGUGCCGUUUGAGCGCGUUGUCUUGUCGCUUGUAAGCCAGCUCGGUCUCAGCGCUCGGGGCUUCGCGUCUCGCUCGAUCUGGUCUGCCGCGCAGUGGCGAGCUUGCCUUCUGGGCUCUCGUUCGUUGCCGUCCCUCUGUCGUACGACGGAGAUGGGUCGCCUACACCAAGGCUCUCUUCUUGCGCGUACGUCUUCUCGCGCCUCGUCUCAUUUCGGGGUCGACGCGUCGCUUGCUAUUUCAGAUUCGGCAGAGGCGGCCCCGGCUCCGACUGCUUGUCGAGAGGGAACGGAUCUGCAGUCAGAAGAGGCUGACGCCCGAGUUCUUGCUGCGUCGCCUUCCGCAUGCGAGUGGAAGCGGGGCAGUUACGCAGCCGUCUCUGGGGCGUGGGUUCACCUGCCUAGCGUGAGGGGGCUCACUCCUUCGCCUGCUCCGGCCUCGCCGUUUCCGCCCCCGACGUUUCGUGAGUUUAGGGCCUGCACUCAGCGUCCUCAUGCCGGUCUGCAUGCGCAAGUGUCUCCACCUUCUUCCUCUGUGCCUCUGCCUCUUCCCGAUGGGUGGUUCACACACAAGCAGGUCUACAGGGGUCGCCUCGCUAGCUCCUUUAGUCCGCGGACGAACGCGAGGGCGGGGGCGCCGUCGCCUCCGGCGGGGCUGCCACAGAGACUUGGGAGGCGGGUGCAGCCGAACUUCGUGUCGGGGAGCGAGGGCGAGUACAGUCUCAGGGCGGCGACGGAAAGUCUGACGGCUUUCUUUCUCCACGUCUUCGUCAGAGCCGACCUGCCUGUGCUGGCGUUGGCGCUCCUCGUGGCCGCAGGCGACCGCGAGGGAGUGAGGAGAAUUCUUUCUCUCUCGCCGUCGUUGCGACUGCGCAUUCAGAUGAAGCAAGAGGAAAGCAACGGGCGCGUCUCGGCUUCCGCGGACACGACCGCUCAGCAGCCGAGCAAGGCAGCGGCGCUAGAAAGCGGGCAUCCUGGAGGACGCAGUCGAGAAGACGCGAAGACUGCAGGAGGGGGUGCAGUGCGCAGGAAGCAAAACCGAGACGCCGGCGGGUGGGCAGCAAUGUCUCGCUCCUUGCGAGAGCUGCUUUUCGUCAUGGCUGAGCAAGCGGCAGAAAGCGGGGCGCCGACUGGAGAACGGAUAGAGCCACCUGCCGGGAGAAACGGUGAAAGAAUCCGUAAAACGUAA